GAUCUGUAUCUCGUGAAGGUUUAAUAACUGAUUCUGAUAUUAGAGAAGAAGUCGACACUUUUAUGUUUGAGGGUCAUGAUACUGUUGCGACGGCUCUAUGUUUUAUUUUGGCAUUAUUAGCUGAGCAUAAAGACAUUCAGGAUCGUGUCAGAAACGAAAUCGAUAUUGCUAUACAAGAGAAUGGGAAGAAAUUUACUAUGAAAUUAUUGCAACAACUAUCAUAUUUAGAGAGAUGUGUAAAAGAAGGAUUGCGCUUAUAUCCCAGUGUUUAUUUUAUAUCACGCUUUACUGCAGAGGAUGUAAAAUUACGUACGUAUCAAAUUAAAUAUUUUCUUAUUUUUAAAAUUAUUCAAAUUUUAAAUAAAAUUACUUAAUGUAUCAACAAAUGUUAGAACUAAAUGUAAGU